GUAGAAAUGAACGUUGUCAAAACAUUAAAUUUCUUUUUUUAUUAUAUUUUGUAUUUUUACAUGUUAGAUUAUGAUCUGAAUAGAAAUUUUGGGGAAACUGUCCUACUUUCCAGACUUUUUUUAAAUACAAAGGUUUUUUCUCUACAUUUGAUCCUCCGUUAAAUUUUUAUGAUCAUUACCUCACUAUAGGUAUUAUCAAGUAACUGUUUCACAGAAAAACAAUGAAUACUUACUGGAUGUGAACUAGAGUUGUCAACAGGUGCUAUUCCAAUUGGAAUUUCAAUAUAAAUAGUGUCGUCAUCAUAAUUCAAACCAAGUUCUGGGAAGACAAUGAUAUCUGCCUAAAGAAAAACAAAAUAAUAGUUCUUUAAUAUAUAGAAUGUAUGAGCUGUAUUUAUGUCAGCCCCACAUACUAAAAAUAUUGAAAACUAAACACAAAAACAAUCAGCUAACAACAGGUGGCUCAGAAUUCUUAUUUUUGAUAGCUCAUCUAAAAAUGGAGGGACUCAAUACAUACCUGACGCCAUUUGAAAGACAUUCACUGAAGAUCUGUUUCAUACCAAUGUAUAGACUUUCCAAAAGGACAAUGUAUUCAAAAGCAUUAAUGAAGAAAAGCAUCAAUAAUUUCUAAACGGAAGGUACAAGUUAUGAAAUAAAUAUUUACGUACAUCUUUAGCAGCUACUUUGAUGAGUUUCGCAUAUUCGUUUGCAUUUUUGAACAAGGUAUCAUUUCCGUCUUUUCCAGAGAAUGGAUUAUACUCCACGACAGAAGCUUGAUAAAAAACAUCCUCAGAAAUGGGUAAAUGCAGCUAAACCAUCAUUAAUAUAAGGGGAAUUAGAGAAAAGAAUACGAAAGACGAAUAAGAAUAAGACGAAUAAGAAUAAGAAACACGAAACAUAGACAUUUUUUCUGUAAAUGAAAAUAAUAUACCACAGGAAAACAGCAUAUAUACAUAUAAUUGAAUGAAAAUGUACUUUUUGUUUCUAAUAAAUGUAUUUUGUCUACAUUUUCUUCUUUAAAUUAAAAAAAAAAAAUUCAAUUUUCGGAUCUAAUGAAUUUCUGUAGAACUACUUCCUUCCCGUUUAUAUCUCGGAUAAUGUGAGUUCCAAUUUAUAAUAUGUUUUUUAAAAUACUAUUCUAGAAUUACUUGUCCUCACAAUUGUUUAAUAAAAUAAUUGCAAUUAUGAACAAAUAAAAC